AUGCCGGUGAUUCGGAACAGAGUGGGCAAUGAUUGGGCAAUCGCCGUCAAGGAUGAGACGCUCCUGGAUCCAAUAUUCAACCAUUUGCUUCAGAAGGUGCAAGGCCAAGGCCAAGGCCAAAUUCGGUUUGCGGAUGAGGUGACGCUUCACAAUUCCCAGGUUCAUAUCCGCACCCGCCGCCGGAUUUCGUUCAGUGCUGUUCAUGACUGGGUCUCUCGUCAGACGUCAUCACUUUCGGCAAAGAAAAUGUGGACGUUCCAGGUGCCGAAAGAUUCGCCAGCGCAAUGUGCAGUGGAGCCGAUGACUGAUUCUCAGAAGCCUUUCUUGCUGCAGAAGCUCCUCAUGCAUGCGACGUCUCCACUGAUUUCAUUUUCCCUGGCAGACUUUGCCGAUGAACAAUUGCCUGACUCAGACGAAGAAGGAAAUAAUCAGCAGACCUCCCGGAACCUCGACAGAGCUGUGGUGAGCAGGAGGAAUGAAGGCAGCCGCUUGAAGCAUGCCAUCCAGGUCCAGACCAGCCCAGCACAGGCAGCUGCAGGCAACCCGGCGGCAUUGGGCGCCGUCGCCAUGACGUCCCUCUUCGACCGAUCUUUGCGGCACAACGCGCAGCUGCUCUUGACGGCCCUGGCGCGGAAGGAUCCGCAGGCCUUGGCGCAAUCCCAAGGUCAAGGGCUGCGGGAGGCCUUUGCAGCUUUGUUGUGGCAAGCACCGCACCAGCUGGCGCCGUCCGCCCGGAGUUUGGGCAUUUCGAGUGCCGCCGCCAGCGCGGGCAAGAGCUUCACCCUUUGCGGUCGUGUGGCCCGUGGCAAGUGGCUGCGGCUGGUGCUGGGCGAAUUGACCAACACCUUCGCGGAGGGCCACUUCCCUCCGCUCCCAGCUGAGCCUGGAGCGGGAGCCUCGCGGCGCCUGGGACCCUUUGGAGCUUCUCCAGUGAAGGACUGGACCGACUCUUGGCCCCGCGUGGCGCGCUUGCAGCUGUUGUAUUCCCAUUUCUUGGCCCAGAUCCUCUGCGCUUUGCCCCUUUCAGCUGUGGCACCUGCACCUGGACAAGCUGAAGUGGAGAUUGUUACGCAGGAGUGUCGAAAGUUUCUGGAGCUGCGCUGUGCGGCGGCCUCCUCGGCUCUAGAACAUGAGGGAUCUAUGAGUGACUCCACACUGGCCACAUGCAUCCUCUCUAUGGUGGUGAAGGCCUUGCUGGUAGCCCUGCCCUGGCCGGAGCACCUGGAACGGCUUAGCGCCCUGCAGUCGGUGCUGUGCUCGGAGAGCCUGCGGCAGGUGGCGCAGGGCGACGCGGCGGUGGCGGAGCGGUGCUUCCAGGACCGUUUAAUCCGUGGCCUGGUCUAUGAUCUUGCUGCAGCUCAUGACAAAGCUUAUGCUGAUGAGAUUCCACAUCAACAGGAACAUGGACCCAGUGAUAGCAACAGUGAUGAUGGUGAUGACAAAUCGAUUUCCUCCCACAGCCCCUCGUACAUGGAACUUCGGAGUGCCCUUGCCCGUAGCAAUUCAGAGCUCGAGGAACAGCAGGCCGCUGACUCGCUUGAGGAGUUGGCAGCCUUGGCUAGGGAGGACAAAAUGUCCGAGCCGAAACCAGUGCCCAAAGCUAGUUCUAGCAAGAUCACCUCCGAGUCCAUCAACGCUUUGCUGCAGAUCGUGCAGCAAAAGAUGAAGAAACAGACAGAUUCAACGGAUCGACCUGAAGACGAUGAACGCACAAAGUCCACCGGUGCACGAUCAUCAGCAUCAGGAAGCCUGGUGGACAACCAAGAGACGCAGGAUGUUUCGGUGGAGCAAUUGGAACAGGAUGCGGGCUUUGCGAAGCGGGAGGACCAGUUGAGGCUGCAACAGAAGAAGGAAAAGGAUGAAAACAAAGGAGCAGAGCCCGCAAGCAAACACCCGGAGAAAAAAGAACCCCAGGAGAAGCAAGAAGGCAAGGAGAAAAAAACCAAGGAGAAGGAUCAUGACAAACCGAAACGCAAGGAUCAUGAAGAAAAGGCACCAAAGAAGGCAAAGAAGGUUGAAUCAAGUGAUGCGGAGGAGAAACCGACAAAGAAGGCAGAGAAGGUUGAAGCAGCUGAGGAGGAGGAGAUACAGAGAAAGAAGGCAAAGAAGGUUGAUUCAAGUGAGGAAGAGGAGAAACCGAGAAAGAAGGCAAAGAAGGUUGAUUCAAGUGAGGAAGAGGAGAAACCGAGAAAGAAGGCAAAGAAGGUUGAUUCAAGUGAGGAGGAGGAGGCGGAGAAACCGAGAAAGAAGGCAAAGAAGGUUGAGCCAAAUGAGGACAAGGGCAAACCGACAAAGAAGGCAAAGAAGGUUGUUGCAGGUGAGGAGGAGAAACCGAAAAAGAAGGCAAAGAAGGGUGAUUCAAGUGAGGAUGAGAAGGAUGAUGAACAAGAGGAGGAGGAGGAACGCGAGGCUUCCUCGUCGGAGUCUUCCCCACCCAUGCGCAAGCGCCCAGCAGCUCGAAAGACACCCGCCGCAAAGAAGAAAGCACAGAAAUCGACCAAGGAAAAGAAGGUCAAGUUCCCCGAAAAGAAGUCGAAGGCAAAGAAGAAGGAUCCCACAGAAAAGGCUGGUGAAAAGGCUACUUUUGCAAAGCGCUACAGGCCAUCUACAAAGCACAACCGUGAGAAAUAUGAUGGCAUCCGUGAUGUGUACAACAGCCACUUGCGCAAGUACUUGACGGGUCACACUUACUGCGAGGAGCGCAUGGUGUCGGAAGUGAUCAAUGAGACUUUGUCACACACGUUUCUUCAGGAAAAGGAGAUUCGCGAGAAUCUGAACGAAGAUGGGCGGCAGUUCGUUGCCAGCUUGCAGUGA